CAUGACUUCGCAGCAGCAGCAGCCGCAACGCCCCCACCCCUCCUUCCCUCCCCGACUAACACUGACGAAAGAGAGAAAUGCCAAACCUUGCUCUCCGAUAAUCACCGGAAUCUUUGUUCGGAAGCCGAGAUCANCAAUUACGGCGACUUAGGGUUUCGGUGAGCCUCGAGUUCGUUUUCUGUAUCGCUGAUCUCUUUUAUGGCUUCGGAAGACGUCAAACGAAGCGAAUCGGCUGUUUCUACGAUCGUAAACCUGGCAGAGGAGGCGAAGCUUGCGAGAGAAGGCGUCAAAGCACCCAGUUAUGCUGUGCUUAGCAUCUGUAAAUCUCUGGUUGCUGGUGGAGUCGCCGGCGGAGUGUCGCGAACUGCUGUUGCCCCUUUGGAGCGUUUGAAGAUAUUAUUACAGGUCCAGAAUCCUCAUAGCAUAAAAUAUAAUGGAACGAUACAAGGCUUGAAAUAUAUUUGGAGAACUGAGGGCUUUCGAGGACUAUUCAAAGGCAAUGGUACUAAUUGUGCUCGUAUAGUACCAAAUUCAGCAGUAAAAUUCUUCAGCUAUGAGCAAGCUUCUAGGGGAAUACUGUACUUUUACAGGGAGCAGACUGGUGACCAAGAUGCUCAACUCACUCCUCUUCUACGUCUUGGUGCUGGAGCUUGUGCUGGAAUAAUUGCCAUGUCAGCAACUUACCCUAUGGACAUGGUGCGAGGCAGACUAACCGUGCAGACAGAUAAGUCUCCUUACCAGUACAGAGGAAUAUUCCAUGCUCUUUCAACAGUGCUCCGGGAAGAAGGUCCAAGGGCUUUGUACAAGGGUUGGCUUCCUUCUGUAAUUGGAGUUGUUCCAUAUGUGGGUCUCAACUUUGCUGUUUAUGAAUCACUUAAAGAUUGGUUAAUUAAAAACAAACCAUUCGGACUUGUUGAAGAUUCAGAGCUCAGUGUGACAACACGCCUAGCAUGUGGAGCUGCUGCUGGAACAGUAGGUCAAACUGUUGCUUAUCCUCUUGAUGUCAUUCGUAGAAGAAUGCAGAUGGUGGGCUGGAAUAAUGCUGCUUCAGUAGUCACUGGUGAUGGAAGAAGUAAGGCAUCUCUAGAGUACACUGGCAUGGUUGAUGCUUUUAGAAAAACAGUUCGUUAUGAAGGCUUUAGAGCAUUGUAUAAGGGUUUGGUUCCCAACUCAGUGAAGGUCGUCCCAUCAAUCGCAAUUGCAUUUGUGACGUACGAAAUGGUGAAGGACGUUUUGGGAGUCGAGAUUAGGAUCUCAGACUGAUUAUUGGGUACUAACUUACAUUUGUUGAACGGUUGAACGGUCUGCUAUUUUUGUAGGCAAAGGUGGGGAUGGUAAACUAGGAUGCUUUAAUUAUCCUCUCUCCAAGAACUAGUUUAAGGCAAUAUUGAGUGUGUAAUUUGCUUCCCUGAUUUUAAAUAUCUUUCUACAAACUUGUGCUAGCAUAAGCUUUUAUUCUUAUGCUAUGUCAAUAAAUGUUUUGACGAUAGAAUAAGCACAUUUGAAUGCCUCCGUUAGAUUUGGGAGAGCAGAGCUUUUAUUGAAUCUAGUUUCUCAGUUUUCGUGCUAUUCUUUUCACCCUUUGCUCCUAUGUGAAUCGACUUUUAAAUUGAAAUGGGUGAUACUGGAAGAUACCAGGUUUGCUUUGCUA